CUUGGGAGACUUUCUGACUUCAAUGAGUUGUCCGUCAUCAUCAUCAUCAUCAUCAAUCGAGUGCUUCUCAUUGACCCCCAAACAGCCAUUAAAAAAUUUGCAAAAGCAAACAUGGCCAUGAUCGCAGUGAAGGUUGUUCUUGAGAAAUUGGGUUCCCUUCUAGCAGAAGAAGCUCAAUUCCUUGGUGGAGUUGGCAAUGGAGUCGCUGAAUUACGUGAUGAUCUGGAGAGCAUGAGAUCUUUCCUACAGGACGCCGAAGCAAGAAGUGAAUCCGAUAAAGGAGUCCAAACUUGGGUGAAGCAAGUCAGAGACGUGUCCUAUGACACCGAGGAUAUUCUUGAAGAGUUCCUCCUCCGCUUGUCUCCGCCACAGGGCAGUGGCUUCUUUCACUCCCUCCGCAAAGUCUACCACCACCUGCAACAAUUGAGAGCACGACACCGCUUAGUGGUUCAGGUAGAGGAUCUGAAGAUGAAGGUGAAGGCCGUUUCAGAAAGACGAAAUACAUUUUCAUUCAAAAGAGAAGAGGAAGCAACAACUUCAACAACUACUUUGCAGUUGCAGCCAAGGAAUGAUCCUCGAUUGGCUUCUCUUUUUCUAGACGAAGCUGAUGUUGUGGGAAUUGAGAAUCCCAAGAGUGUGUUAAUUUCUUGGCUGGUAAGCGGAAAGCAGAAUCUGACAGCCGUCUCUGUUGUGGGGAUGGGUGGUGUAGGCAAGACAACCUUGGUGAAGAAAGUGUAUGAUAGUCAAGUUGUUAAGAAGUACUUCAACUGCCAUGCUUGGAUAACUGUGUCGCAGUCAUUCACGACGGCGGAGCUUCUGCGGGCUGCACUGAAAGACUUCUUGGAGGAGACACAAGAGCCAAUUCCUGAAGGACUUGAUACGAUGGGCGAAAUACAAUUGAUCAACAAGCUUAGGGACUAUCUACAACAAAAGAGGUAUGUUGUUGUGUUUGAUGAUGUAUGGAGCAUAAAUGCUUGGGAAUCGGUUAAAUUUGCACUACCUGAUUAUUGUUGUGGAAGCAGGAUCAUUUUCACAACACGAAUUGGUGAUGUAGCUGCAGCUAUAGAAACAGCUGGUCAUGUUUACCAUCUCCACCCUCUUCCGGAGGAAGAGGCUUGGACGCUCUUUUGUAACAAAACUUUCCGAGGGGAAAACAGAGGUGUUUGCCCGAAAGAAUUGGAGGAGAUGUCUUAUAGUAUCUUGAAGAAGUGUGGGGGACUACCUCUAGCAAUUGUAGCAAUAGGUUCCCUUUUGUCUAAGAAGCAUAAACAUUUGUUGGAAUGGAAGAAAGUCCAUGACAGCCUCUCUGCAGAGGUGAAGAGUAAUUCCAGCCUUGAAAAUCUUAAAAGAAUACUAAUGCUUAGCUACAUCGACUUACCAUACCAUCUCAAAUGUUGUUUCUUGUAUUUGAGUGUUUUUCCGGAGGAUUAUUUGAUCAAAAGAAUGAAACUAAUUCGGCUAUGGGUGGUUGAAAGAUUUGUAGAAGAAAAACCAGGUCUCACUGCGGAAGAGGUUGCAGAGGACUACCUUAAUGAGCUUGUUAGUAGGAGUAUGAUUCAAGUAGUGCAAAAGGAUUACUUCAAUAGGGUUAGGACUUGUCGUCUACAUGAUGUUAUGAGAGAAAUUAUCCAGUUGAAAUCCAGGGAUGAAUCAUUUGUUAUGAUACUAUUGAAUGAUAGAAGAAUGUCACAGGAUGAGAAGAUUCGUCGAAUGUCAAUCCAUGCCAGUUGUGAAGAGGAGCUCCCAUCAACCAUCAGAUUGACUAGCCUUAGAUCUCUUUGGGUGUUUGUGUCAAAGGGAUCUUCAAUAUCUUUUGGAAAGACAUUCUUCAAGGAUUUCAAAUUGUUGGGAGUGUUGGAGCUUGAACGUGCACCCCUUUACGAAUUCCCUUCAGAGCUGACUAAGACAAUUCACUUGAGAUACUUGAGUCUAAGGAUGACAAUGAUAAGGGAACUUCCAGAGUCUAUAGGAAAACUCAAGAAAUUAGAAAUACUAGAUCUCAAACAUUGUCCUAUAUCAUCCUUGCCUAAUGGGAUUUUAAAGUUAGAACAUCUUUGCCAGUUGCGUGGUUAUGGCUACCGUUCGGAAUCAUCAACGAUGUUUGCCAGCACAUAUGGGAUGAGCGUUCCAACAAAGAUAGGAGGGUUAACAAAUCUACAGAAAUUGGGAAGCGUUGAAGUAAAUGGUAAUGGUGAUAUGGUGAGAGAGUUUGGAAAGCUAACCCAACUAAGGAGGCUGGGUAUCUUAAAACUAACACAAGAAGACGGAGUGAAUCUAUGUUCUUCUCUAGAAAAGUUGAAGCACCUUACUUCAUUAUACUUGGUUUCCAUAAGCACCAUUGAACCUCUUCAUCUUGAUUCUUUGUCCUCCUGUCCACAGUUCUUACAAUGUCUAUAUCUCAAAUCCAGUUUAUUAACUUUGCCUAAGUGGAUCAUUUCCCUCAAAUACCUUGCAAAGUUAGUCCUUCAGUACUCUAAUCUGGAUGAUGACCCACUAAAAUCACUCCAAGGAUUGCCCAAUUUGGUAGUGCUUGAACUCCGAGAAGCUUAUGCAGGGGAGGAACUGUGUUGCAAUGUUGGAGGGUACCCAAGGCUUAAAAAACUUGGCCUUAAACAACUAAGGCAAUUAAAGAGCAUAAGAGUGGAGCAAGGAGCAAUGCCUGGGCUAAGGGCACUACAUAUCGCCUCAUGUAAGAAACUAGAAAUGGUGCCAUUAGGCGUUGAGCACCUAAAAAAUCUACAACAUCUAUUAGUAUGGCUCAUGCCUCGUGGAUUCUGUCAAAAAAUAGAGCGACCACAUGGUGAAGAUUUUUGGAAGGUUCAACAUAUUACAACAAUUGAAGCUUUUCAUUGACAUCGUUGGUUUAUACCAUGUCCCUUGGGUUAUAUAGUUGCCCCCAUGCGGGUGAGCCUGAACCAAUAGGUCAAAUGCUUUUUGAUGCACGAGUUGUGUUGCUCUUGGGUAAUGCAGUUCAAUCGAUGAACUUUGUAAAUGAAUUGCUUUUACCUUCUUUUGAUUUAUCAGGAACAGUUGCAAUAAAGUCUAUCACAUUUUUGCCAA